UGUUUCAGAUUUUCACAAUGUUCCCAGGCAAUAUUCAACCCGCGGCGUGUUGAGCCACAAUCGCACUUACAGCAACCUUUAUUAAAAAAAUACUGAAAUACAUUAGCUUCGGUGAGGAUAAUUCAGUCCAGGGUUUCCCAGCUUAUCCAGUUUUGCGCAGUCGCAUCCAGUGAUAUCCAGGCCAGGUGUUAACGACAGCCAUCCUCUUCGAAAGAGCAAAAUCCAGUUCGGGUGUUAUUAGUCACCCUGCCUGGCGUGUGUGGUUUCGGAGGCUGGAGAAUACCGGAGUGUCCCCUCCCCACGACUGUCUGGCUUGGGCAUGUGGAAGUGUCUGCUAAGCAACUAAGGACAAGGGCACUAGGCUGGCAGCGUGCAUGUGGGCACUGGAGGCGUAUUGGCAGCCGGUGACCUAUUGUUCAGCAAGUGCACCUCCCGUUAUACUGGGCUUGGCCCGGUCCCAUUCAGCGGAUUACUAACCACGGACUAUAUUUCCUUACGCACUUGGGAUUUGUGCUUGCUUUGAAUCUCCCUCCAUGGGGAGCAGCCAGGCCCUGCCUGCAGCCUGGGGACACCGCUUCACUUUGCAGGCUGGACACGGUACGGAUCACAGGCAAGUGAGCUUUUUAAAGCACUGGGGUUGUUGGAGUGGUGUAAUUUUUCCUGGAAUUGCAUUAUAAAUUCAGAAGACUGAAGCCCAGGCUCACUGUCUACCUUUCACGGAGGCCCAGCCGUGAGAGGACAGAAGAAGGCACGUGGCGAAUCAUGACGGCUGACAAAGAGAAGGAUAAAGAUAAGGACCGAGAUCGAGACCGGGAGAGAGAGAAACGGGACAAGACCCGUGAUGGUGAGAAUUCGCGACCUCGCCGAAGCUGUACUUUAGAAGGGGGAGCAAAAAACUAUGCAGAAAGUGACCACAGUGAGGACGAGGACAAUGACAAUAAUGGCAACAAUGCAGACGAUGCAGCCAAAAAGAACAAGAAGAAGCUGCCAAAGAAGAAGUCUCGAUAUGAAAGGGCAAAUAAUGGGGAGAUUACUUCUUUUGUCACAGAGGAUGACGUAGUGUACAAACCUGGAGACUGUGUGUAUAUUGAGAGCAGAAGAUCUAACACUCCAUACUUCAUAUGUAGCAUCCAAGACUUCAAGUUGAGUAAACGGGACCAUCUCUUGAUGAAUGUGAAAUGGUACUAUCGCCAGUCUGAGGUGCCGGACUCUGUCUAUCAGCACUUGGUACAAGAUCGGCAUAAUGAGAAUGAUUCUGGUCGGGAGCUGGUUAUCACAGACCCAGUCAUUCGGAAUAGAGAGCUUUUUAUCUCAGAUUAUGUUGACACAUACCAUGCAGUUGCUCUCAGGGGGAAGUGCAGCAUCUCACACUUCUCAGAUAUAUUUGCUGCUCGAGAGUUUAAAGCCAGGAUAGACUCUUUCUUCUACAUAUUAGGCUACAACCCAGAGACAAGGAGGCUGAAUAGCACGCAGGGAGAAAUUCGAGUUGGACCCAGCCAUCAGGCUAAACUUCCUGAAUUGCAGCCAUUCCCAUCUCCCAAUCGGGAUGCUAUCACGCAGCACGAAGAGCUUGUAUGGAUGCCUGGGGUUAAUGACUGUGACCUGCUGAUGUACUUGCGAGCAGCCAGGAGUAUGGCUGCUUUUGCAGGAAUGUGUGAUGGAGGGUCUACCGAAGAUGGCUGUGUUGCUGCUUCUCGAGAUGAUACUACACUCAAUGCACUUAACACACUACAUGAAAGCAACUAUGAUGCAGGGAAGGCCUUGCAACGCUUGGUGAAAAAGCCGGUACCCAAGUUGAUUGAGAAGUGUUGGACAGAAGAUGAAGUGAAAAGGUUUAUCAAAGGUUUACGGCAGUAUGGCAAGAAUUUUUUCCGAAUUCGGAAGGAGCUGCUUCCGAACAAAGAAACGGGUGAACUCAUCACCUUCUAUUACUACUGGAAGAAAACCCCUGAAGCAGCCAGCUCCCGAGCCCAUCGCAGACACCGCAGGCAAGCAGUCUUCCGAAGAAUUAAAACCCGCACAGCUACUACCCCUGUUACCACUCCUUCCAGGCCUCCAUCAAGUGAAUUCUUGGAUUUAAGCUCAGCCAGUGAAGAUGAUUUUGACAGUGAAGAUAGCGAGCAAGAGCUGAAAGGCUAUGCAUGUCGUCACUGCUUCUCAACCACUUCUAAGGAUUGGCACCAUGCAGGCCGUGAAAAUAUUCUUCUUUGCACCGAUUGCAGGAUUCACUUUAAAAAAUAUGGAGAGUUACCACCUAUAGAAAAGCCAGUGGACCCUCCACCAUUCAUGUUUAAACCAGUCAAAGAAGAGGAAGAUGGUAUUAAUGGAAAGCAUAGUAUGAGAACAAGGAGGAACCGGGGUUCAAUGUCUACAUUACGUAGUGGACGAAAAAAACAGACAACCAGUCCAGAUGGCAGAGUUUCUCCCAUAAAUGAAGAUAUUCGUUCCAGUGGGAGAAAUUCCCCAAGUGCUGCCAGCACAUCAAGCAAUGAUAGCAAAGCAGAUUCCAUCAAGAAACCUCCCAAGAUCAAAGAGGAAGCAGCAUCUCCAAUGAAGAGUUCCAAACGUCAAAGAGAGAAGCCAGCAUCUGAUACAGAAGAGCUUGACAGGGUCAGCAUAAAAAAAUCAAAAAUACAAGAGGAGAUCAGUCGUCCAAACUCUCCCUCAGAAGGGGAGGGAGAGGGUGAAGGGGAGGGGGAGAGCUCAGACAGUCGUAGUGUUAAUGAUGAAGGUAGCAGCGAUCCAAAGGACAUUGACCAAGAUAACCGUAGCACAUCCCCCAGCAUUCCCAGUCCUCAGGACAAUGAGAGUGACUCAGACUCCUCAGCUCAGCAACAAAUGUUACAGCCACAAAAUGCAACGCCAGCAGUGGCACCUCCCCCAGUAUCUCCAGGACCUCUGCCACCAGCCAUCACUCCUCAUAGCAUAGCUCCUGCUCAGAUAUCACAGUCUCCAUCAUUGCCUCCUUCCCAGCCUCUUCAGCCUCCUUCCCUUUCACUUGUUCAACCAGCUCCCAUUCUUCACCCUCAAAGGUUACCAUCACCACAUCCAGCCAUACAACCCCUACCUGGAUCACAGGUAGAACCUCAACCCCCCAUUCCUGCUCAAGUUCACCCACAGUCUCCACAUCAUGGGCCUGUACAAUCCCUGCCACACAACAUUCAACCCCAGCCAAUUUUACAAUACCCAUGUUCCUCUUCACCUCAUCCCUGUCCCUCUCAGGUUUCUCCAGUGCCACAAACUCCAUCCCAUUCUUUCCCUCAUAAUAUUCAGGGACCACCAACUGUUCAGCCAGCUUUGCCAUCACAGUCACAACCUCCUCGAGAGCAGCCUUUGCCUCCUGCACCAAUGGUCAUGCCUCAUAUCAAGCCACCUCCCACAACCCCUAUCCCUCAGACUCCAUCACAGUCUCACAAACUUCCUCCUCAUCUACAAGGACCCUCCCCAUUCUCCUUGAAUUCAAACUUACCACCACCUCCUGCGCUUAAACCCCUUAGCUCUUUACCUACCCAUCAUCAACCUUCUGCUCAUCCUCCACCAUUACAACUUAUGGCACAGAGCCAGCAACUUCAGACCUCUGCAGCACAACCCCCAGUCCUGACACAAAGCCAAAGUCUGCCCCAGCCACCAGGACACCCUCAGUCAGGGAUUCAUCCCAUUCCUUCUCAACCUCCUUUCUCACAACAUCAGUUCAUACCUGGUGGCCCACCUUCAAUCACUCCACCAUCCUGCCCUCCUACUUCUAUCCCAUGUUCCUUGCCAUCAGUUUCUCCAAGCCUCCAGCCUACUCCACCUGUUACAACCACUACGCCUACACCUGGUGUCUGCAUUCCUGUGGUGUCUCCUACCCCAAAUCCACCUCCAUUACCGCCAAUUCAGAUUAAAGAAGAAGCACCAGAUGAAAUAGAAGAGCCUGAAAGCCCUCCACUUCCUCCUCGUAGCCCAUCUCCUGAACCUACUGUUGUUGAUGCUCCAAGCCAUGCCAGUCAGUCUGCAAGGUUCUACAAGCAUCUGGAUCGUGGUUACAAUUCCUGUGCUAGAACAGACCUUUACUUUAUUCCAUUAACUGGCUCAAAACUGGCAAAAAAAAGAGAAGAAGCCCUUGAAAAAGCAAAAAGGGAAGCAGAGCAAAAGGUCAGAGAGGAGCGAGAACGAGAGAAAGAGAAAGAAAAAGAAAAGGAAAGGGAACGAGAGCGGGAAAGAGAAGCCGAAAGAGCAGCGCAGAAAGCCUGUAGUUCCCAUGAUGGACGUCUGGGAGAAUCUCAGAUGGGUGGUCCAGCACACAUUCGACCUUCUUUUGAACCCCCACCAACCACCAUUGCUGCUGUUCCACCGUAUAUAGGGCCAGACACACCCGCCCUACGCACACUCAGUGAAUAUGCUCGACCUCAUGUCAUGUCGCCCACCAACCGCAACCAUCCUUUCUUUGUCCCUCUUAAUCCCAAUGAACCAUUACUGGCUUACCAUAUGCCAGGCUUAUAUAAUAUGGACCCCACAAUGCGGGAACGAGAGUUACGUGAAAGAGAACUGCGGGAACGGGAGUUACGUGAGAGAGAGCUGCGGGAGAGGAUGAAGCCUGGCUUUGAGGUAAAACCUCCUGAACUUGAUCAGCUUCACCCUGCAGCUAACCCUAUGGAACAUUUUGCACGGCAUGGUGCACUUACUCUUAACCCAUCGGCAGGACCACACCACUUUGCACCUUUCCACCAUGGCUUGAACCAUCUUGAGAGGGAAAGACUGGCACUGGCAGGCCCACAACUACGGCCAGAUAUAAGUUACCCCGAGAGACUGGCAGCAGAACGUAUACACGCGGAGCGUAUGGCAUCCCUUACCAAUGACCCUCUGGCUAGGCUCCAGAUGUUCAAUGUCACGCCUCAUCAUCACCAACACUCGCACAUACAUUCACACCUCCAUCUCCAUCAACAGGAUCCGUUACAUCAAGACUGCUGCUGUAACUCUAAGUCUUGGCCGGGCGUGGCUGAAAACGGGACAUGUGUUCCAGUCCACUUUCCUGGGUCAGCAGGUCCUGUGCAUCCACUGGUUGAUCCUUUGGCUGCUGGUCCUCACUUGGCACGCUUUCCAUACCCUCCCGGUUCCAUCCCCAAUCAUUUACUGGGACAACCACCUCAUGAACAUGAAAUGCUGCGGCAUCCUGUUUUUGGUACACAUUACCCUCGGGAUCUGCCUGCAGGUAUCCCACCCCCCAUGUCUGCUGCUCACCAACUUCAGGCUAUGCAUGCACAGUCAGCUGAGCUGCAACGGUUGGCAAUGGAGCAGCAGUGGUUACACGGUCAUCCUCACAUGCACGGCGGACACUUACCAAGUCAAGAAGAUUAUUACAGUCGACUGAAGAAAGAAGGGGACAAGCAAUUGUAACCAAGAGCUGGUCAUGGAUCCCUCCCUCUCUCCUCCAACUCUCUUUUGGAGAGUCAGGCUCCAUUCAACGGGUCCCCAGAGGCUGCAAGAUUCCUUCUGUAUUUACUACUUGACACACACUAUAUUUCAUCUAUAAAGACUCAUCAAAGCCAGCUUGGCAGUCCCCUGCAUGACACAUUCUUUCCCCAGCCUUGGGAGGGAGCAGUUUUGGAGGAAGAGGGUGGGGUAAUUGCCGGACACUGGGAGCAGUUCUGAUCUUUUGUUUGACACCUCUGAUUCUGGAGGUGUGAAGACCCCUACACUCAUUCACUGUGUGUGCAAAUGAAGUCAGAGACUCUUAUAAAUGGCAUUCAAGCACCACCAGCACCUAAGGUCUUGAGUGCUGUUACACAGAUUACUAAUUUAUUUUGUUAAAUCAGUGAGACCCCAUCAUUGUUUAAAGUUACCCCAGUCUGCCCACAGUCUGUAAAUAUCUUCAAUCAAAGGACUGGUGGAAUACGUUCCACAAACACUUCCAAAAGGCUCUGCAUUCUCUACUUAACCCUGCACUGCAGUUACUACCUUUUGAAUUCUAACCUGCCAUAGACAGGUUUUUGUUAACUCUUUCCCUGUCAUAUGGACAUUCAACCAGUGCAUGCCUGUGACAGCAAAGUGGUUAAGUAAUACAUAGGAGAAAAACUCACAAUUUUAUAUUGGUAGCGUGCCAAUGAUAAACUAUUUUAUUAUUUUAUUUACUGUGCACUGAUUCAUUUUCUGCUUCUCCCACUAACACAGUGUUGUUUCCUGUCUUAAUAUUAACCAUCUCACAUUCUAGCUGUCCUCCUACUCUGUUAUCAAAAACAUCCAAUUUACAAAUCAGCCCCCUCUUUUUUUCUCUCCCUGUUUUGUAGAGCAUUUGUGGAAUUUACUCCUUGUUUUGUUUCGUUACAGGUUAUUAUAUGUCUCACUUGUAGAUAGGGGCUACAGCGUUUUAAGUUGUAGAAGCAAAUCGCACACAGGUUUGUGCGCAUCUUCACUUUAUAGCAUUAAAGUUUCUGCAGGGUUAGAACUUUUAUGAUUUAAUUUAUAAGGAAAUUCUCCUAUAUUUUAGUGUUUUGGUCCUGCUAUACUAAAUGCCAAGGGUUUUAUUUGUACAGAUUCUAUUAAACCUGGGCUCUUAUUUUUUUAAUUUUUUUGUAAUUUUUGUUUGUUAACCUGGUGCGUUUUCACUCCCUAACAUUCUCACAGUAACAGGUUUUGACUCGUUAAAAUACCUAGCUGUGUCGUUCAAUAAAAUGAAGGCGCACUUAGUAACUGCUUAUCUGCCAUCUCAUUUGUUAAAGGACAGGCAGGGGCUGUGUAGUUCAAGGCAAACCCAAUAUGCUGCUCCUAAUCUUUAGACAGCUGCAUGUUUAGAGCAGUUGUCCGGAUGCUGAAAUCUCUUCCACACAGUUUCCUAGCAACCCCUCCCUAAUCAGGGCACAUUCCCUGCCAUUUAGACUGUUAUUUCUGGCAAUCAGCAACUCGGGGCUGUGCCAGACCAUGAUGGAUAAAGACUGCUGAUAAGCGUCCCUCCACUCCUCUUGUGAUCAAUAUGCACCUUUUCAACAUCUAGAAAGCCCCCAUAUUUAUGGCAGAGUUUCAAGAAAAUCUGUCUGCAUUGCUUGUGACUGGUUACCCCUAUAACAUUGCCUGGAGAAUUGCAGAUAUGUUGUCAUAAUCAUCAAGCCAUUACUUUCACUACAAUAACUGAAUAAAACCUUAUUUAUGCUUUAUAAUACAUUUAGAAGACAUUUUGUGUUUCUUUGGAAAAUGCUCACUUGCCCUGACAUUAAGGGAACUCUUAUGUUUGGUAAUUUGAAGUUUCCUGCUGAAGUUUAUCCGAAUGUCAUCAAUAAACCAUUCCUGCAGUUUUGUGUCUGGUUUUAUCUGUAAGUAGUUAUAUUUUACUACCUCCCUGCACACACUUGGACCUUUGGUUACACCAGCAAAACCUUCUGUUUCUGAUACUUAUGCAGAGUAUAACUUGUACCCAGGUAUACAUAAUAAUAUCUCCUAAGCUUCAGCAGUGUUUCACCUAAGAGCAUAUCUGCAGAUCUCUCUACAGUUUAAGUUCUCCACUCUAAAAUCACCCUCAUUGUCCCCAUCAUUCUGAGUGUCAGGGUGCUUGGCUACUUUAUCCACGUCUGCUGUUUUGUGUACAACUUAUUCAGUAUUAGAGAGGCCUACAAUAUACGGUGUAGCUGGCCUCUCCUAUGCUGAAGGCUUAAGAUGUAGACUUUAUUCAUUGAGCUCUUGCUUUUUCUUCUUUUUCCCUCCUUUGUUUGUUAUUUACAUUUGUAAUUUUGGACUUGUUCCAUGUGUAACAAAAACUGUAAGGCUACUUGUUUCAUGGCACCAUUUAGCAGAAUGUACAUUCAGACUGCUCCAUUUCUAUAUAUAUCUUGAAGAUUUAAUUGUAUAUAGGAGUAGUUUGCCAUGGGGGUAGAAACCCAGAAAUUCGUGACUUCUGUGUUUUCUCCAGUUUGAGUAUUUUGUAAUUUUUUUGGAAAUAUUUGUGGACAUAAAUAAUAAAGCAAGCUAUACCACA